AUGGUGCAGGGCGUCGUGGGCACCUGCGCAGUAUGUCGAGAAUGGCAACGCCGAGGCAACAAGUCGGUUGCGAGUUUGACGUUCAUCACGGCCUUCAAUGGAGGGAUCCAGUUCGAUCUUCUUUUCCUGGAUGACGGCAUCGUGGUGCACUUGAUUGACAUGUGUGUCAGGUGGGCUCAAGGGCUUUUCGUGAAGUCCAAGGAGCCAGGAGAUAUGGUUGACAUCUUCAGGGGCCCGCCGAACAAGGAUGUCACCGGCUGGCGGGUGCCCUGCAAGGUAGUUUCCAUGGACCGAGCGGACGAGGGUAUCAUUGAUGUCAGAUGGCAGGGCCGCACUUUGCCGUGCCGCCCAGCUGAUGUCCGACGAGCAGUGACGUGGAUGACCCUCAUCGCGGCUCCCGGCCGUGGCGACACCAAGCCCUACCAGAUGCGAGUGUACUACGUGGAGAACAUGGCGGUGGGCACUACCGUGCUCUUGGGAUAUGAGAUCGGCGAAGAUGGACGCUGGGGGAUGACGAAGACCAGCAGCCGGUCGAUGUUCACAUGCCGCGCGUGGGAGGUCCUCAACAGAUGCCCGACUUCCCUGCGCCACGAGGCUAAAUGCGGCCUCGAGAUCCUGAUGAUGUUGGAGAACGACCGGAUCGAUGGCAUCGAUGGCCAAUUCCAGAGGACGGAGUUCAGCUUCUUUCGCGCCAUCCUCGACGGCCAAUCACCACCAGACGCUGAGUACUGGCUGGACUCUCGAGUGUUGGACGCAGUCGAGGUGGCCACCUAUCUGGAGAACCAAGAGAAGGAUAUGCAGGCUCUGGAGGUGGAGUUUUGCUCGGAGAUUUCCAGGCUCGUGAUCAUGACUUCUGGCGAUCAUAUGUUGCCCAAGUCAGAGAUCUUUUCCCUCUUCGCGGAAGAUGGCGGCCACUGCGUGGUGUUGGCCGUCAGUUCGACGGGCAAGACCAAGAUGGUCAUCGAGAGAGAGGCCGACGAGCUCACCAAGGACGACUUGAUCAAGUACCGAGUCGAAGUCGAGAAGGCGAUGUUGCAGGAGCUGGGCAACU